AUGGUAGGUGUAAACUUUAAGACUCUUUUUAGCGAGUAUGCAGCGGAGCACGUGCCUUCUGGAUUUCAGAAAACAGAUGCUUUUACUGAAAUCUUCAUGUGUGAGGCGUGUCUUUCGUGGUUAUCCACUGUACGGGAGCUGCGGGAACAUACAGAGGUAUGUCCAAAUCGAUUUUGGAUCCCAGGUGACGAGGUGUAUCGCUGUCGUAGGAGACGAUGUGCUGUGUUUGAAAUUGAUGGAAGAAAAGUUGCCUCUAUUCCCUAUAGUCGGCGCAUUGCCAGAAUUGCCAAACAUUUUCUUGCGGAAAAGACCACAUUGGACGAUCUACAUUUCUUUGCGUUCAUUGCACUAUUUGAGGUAAAUGAUUACGGUUAUCAUUUUGUCGGGUAUUUUAGUAAGGAAUGGAGAAAGAGUAUGGCUUGUAAAAAUUCACUUUCAUGUGUGAUGGUACUGCCACCGUAUCGCCAUAAAGGGUAUGGAACGCUUUUAAUUGAGUUGUCCUAUGAGAUGGGAAGGAUAGAGGGAAUUCCAGGCUCACCCGAGAGACCACUGAGUACCUCAGGGGAAAAGGUGUUUAGUCGAAUCUGGCGGGAAGAACUGCUUCAAUCCAUAGAUUCGCUUAAUGAGAAAGGACUUCCACUUACACUGAAUUCGCUUUCUUGGGAAAGUGGGAUGACAAUAGAAGAUGUUGCUGUGGCACUUCAUCAGCUUAACGCAGUUUUCUUUGUAACAAAGGCUAGUCCUCUACUAUACCUUCCUUCAGGGGUUACAGCUUUGGCAAAGAAGGGAAGGAAGUUGAACCUUGAAUCGCUCCUGUGGACAUCUUUGCACUAG